CUCCGCACCCGUCCCUCCGCGCGCCGCCGUCGCCGCUGCUGCUGCUGCUGCUGGAGUUAGCUAGGAACUGGGGAAGGGUCUACCUGUCGUGACAGCCCGGCCAGUCGUUCUGCUGAACUUUUCCGGGUUUUAUUUGUGUCUGCCAGACUGAGAGAGUGUUUCCUCUGCGUUUUCGAUGCAUGGGAGUGUCCGGGGAGCGGUGAAGGGAGAAGACAGUGCUGGUGGUCCUGACUGUUCGGUAGGAUGAGUGAGGCAGAGGGCCAGUUUUACAGUGUCCAGGUGGGAGACUCCACCUUCACUGUACUCAAACGCUACCAGCAGCUCCGCGCCAUCGGCUCUGGGGCCCAGGGCAUCGUCUGCUCUGCUUUGGACACAGUUCUUGGUAUACCAGUCGCAGUGAAAAAGCUGUGCCGGCCCUUCCAGAACCAGACCCAUGCUAAACGAGCCUACAGGGAGCUGGUGCUGCUCAAAUGUGUCAACCAUAAAAAUAUCAUCCGUCUGAUCAAUGUAUUCACGCCUCAGAAAUCCCUGGAGGAAUUCCAGGAUCUAUAUUUGGUGAUGGAGCUGAUGGAUGCUAGUCUAUGUCAGGUGAUCCACAUGGACUUGGACCAUGAGAGGAUGUCCUACCUACUCUACCAGAUCCUCUGUGGCAUCAGACACCUACACUCUGCUGGCAUCAUUCACAGGGACCUGAAGCCCAGUAACAUUGUAGUAAAAUCAGACUGCACUUUGAAGAUCUUGGACUUUGGCCUGGCCAGGACGGCUUGCACAAACUUUAUGAUGACUCCCUAUGUGGUGACCAGAUACUACCGUGCUCCAGAGGUCAUUUUGGGCAUGAAAUAUAAGGAAAACGUGGACAUCUGGUCAGUGGGGUGUAUCAUGGGAGAAAUGGUAAAAGGCAGCGUCAUCUUCCAGGGAACCGACCAUAUCGACCAGUGGAAUAAAGUAAUUGAGGUUCUGGGCACACCCAGUCUGGAGUUUAUGAACCGUCUGAUGGAGACCGUGAGGAACUAUGUAAUGAACAAGCCACAGUAUCCUGGUGUCAGCUUUGCAGAGCUUUUCCCUGACUGGGCUUUUCCAUCUGACUCCGAACACGAUAAACUUAAGACAAGCCAAGCGCGGGACCUGCUGUCCAAAAUGCUGGUCAUUGAUCCCGAGUGUCGCAUCUCCGUAGAGGAAGCACUCAAUCAUCCCUACAUCCACGUGUGGUACGACCCCGCAGAGGCCGAUGCGCCUCCUCCCCAGAUUUCAGACAAGCAGCUGGAAGAGAGAGAGCACAGCAUCGAGCAAUGGAAAGAACUCAUUUAUGAAGAAGUGAUUGACUGGGAAGAGAGGAACAAGAAUGGACUGAUGAAAGAAGAUUCUUCGGAUGCGGUGUCAGGUUCAGCCUCGCAGUCCUCCUCUGCCAAUGAUAUUUCGUCCAUGUCCACGGAGCACACCCUGGCCUCAGACACAGACAGCAGCAGCAUCGACACACUGACUGGACCGCUGGACGAGAGUCAGUGAACACAGUCCACAGCCACGUGUCUGUCUGCCCUAACCUCUUUUUCUGAUUUUUCUGCCCUCAGCAUUUUCCUUCUUCCUCUUUAACCUCAAUGAAUAGGUCUAUUUUUCUAUUUUCUUUCCAUGUGUGAUCUGGCAGACCUUGUGCAUCCUCUUGAUAUUCAACCUUUGUUUUGGACUGCUACCAAGAGGUCAAAGCUAUGCUGUCUGUUUGGGUCAAAGGUUUACCAUUUCAUCUUUAUUGAUAUUGUUAAAAUGAUCCAUGUCCUAAAAUGUAUGCAUCCACGUUGAUUUUCAGGUGAUCAGAAAUAUGGGGCAGUUGUUAUUUGUUCUGUAUGCUUGUAUUUUAAUAGUUUAUUUUUUUAGCAAAUAUUAACUGAGGUUAUCAAGUUUCAGCAAACAAGCACUGAACAUAGACCAUAGGUGCCAGCUGUUCACAUGCAUGUUACGCCAAAAUGAACAAAAGCUUACCGUUAGUCACAUGCACCAACAAUCUGAUGUUCAUCUGAUGAUCAAAUACUAAUCCAAAGUUUGAUCAAUCAUUCAGCUAGCUAAAAGUAUUGCAGAUCCUCUCAGUGGUGCUUUCUGCACAGUGUUUUCUUUUCUUUUUUUUUUUUUUUUUUUUUAGUAUUUAAUUGGCUUGGGUGAUGUGGAUUUUGAGCUAUUAAUCCUGACAGUGAGGGGAAGCUGUGGUUGCAGUGUUACAGUUUUAUUUCGUGAUAUAUUGUACUGUAUGUAAAGAUGUCAUAGUCCGACACUUGUAGUGGAUGUAGAUCCUUUCUUUAUAAAUAGAUAGCGUGUUUGUUUUGUUAAGAUAUUUCAUGUAACUGUAGGACUAUAUAUUGCAAUCACCCCUCUUUGACAUAAGGUACUGACUAUCAAUGUGUAUAACAAAAGAACAUCAUAAUCCUGUACAUUUGGGAGAUGCAAAAAAGAUUUGUGUAAUAUUUAUUUUUAUGUUCUUGCAAAAUGUUGCACACCAUUACAGUGGAGCCCGUGGAAACUAUUCUUCUUGUCAAAGCAUUUCAUUGAAAAAAAAAAAAACAAUGCAUGGGCUGCUCCUUUUCUAAAUCAUUCCAUUAGUACUGGAACAGUGACAAAAUCAAUAAUUACUCACACAUCAUGUAGAACAUACAGUAUAUAAGGCAGUAAAACACAAAUAAUGGUGUUUAACUUGCAUGAUGGCAUUAAUAAUGCCCAAAAGACACCGUAGUUAUUCUAAUAAAUAUCAAUCUGUUCAGGUCAGUUCUUUUACUUAACAGUACGUUGAUGUUCUUGAUUCUGAAAUUCGUUUGAAUGAUGUUGUAUUUUUUGCCUUGUAAGCCUAAAUGUGUGUAUGUGUUUUCAAAAUGUACUGUGCAGCACUCCUUCAUGAUCUCUUUUGAAAGACCGCGGUCUCCCCAGAGGCAAAAAUAACCAGAGAGAGUCAGCCCAGCAACAAAAUACAGACACGUUGUGGUUUAAAACGAGGACGGACUGUGGAGUCCUGAAUGGAACUGUGGAUACCACGUUUCAGAUGAAACUUCAGAAGUAAUGAAUGAACUGUUAUGCUGCUUUUUGCAGAACUGAUUGCACAGAGUGAUGGACGAGCAAGAUCCAACACUAUGGAGUCACUGAGGACUUACGCACUUGUACACUAAGAUUUCUUUUUAAAAAAAAAACAAAAAAAAACAACAUGACCUUAUUGUGUCAGUCAUGCCUUAAAUGAUCCGAGGAGUGGUCAGUUCACUCU